AUGGCUAGCUACUUCAUUGGUGUAGAUGUCGGUACAGGUUCAGCGCGGGCGUCUCUCGUCAAUGCAAGCGGCAAAACGAUUGCUUCUCAUAUACAAGACACGAUAACCUGUCGUGAUCCCUCUGACCAUCGAAUUUUUGAGCAAUCCACAACAAAUAUCUGGGAUGCCGUCUCAACUUGUAUAAAUAUCUGUCUGUCUACAUCUAAAGUUGACCCUUCAUCCAUCAAAGGGCUUAGCUUCGACGCAACUUGUUCUCUGGCAGUAUGUGAUUUCGACAUGGAGCCCAUCGUUGUGACCAAAGGGGACAAGUUGGGCCAGAAGGGCGAUAGGAACAUAAUACUUUGGGCUGACCAUCGAGCGGAGAAAGAGGCCGAUUUGAUCAACAGUACUGGUUCUGUGGUACUUGAGUAUGUUGGGGGAACGAUGAGUCUAGAGAUGGAAAUUCCAAAGGUCUUAUGGCUGAAGAAACACAUGUCCGGACCCCUCUUUGAACGCUGCCAGUUCUUCGAUCUACCCGAUUUCCUCACGUACCGAGCGACGGAAUGUGGCAGUCGUUCGUGCUGUUCUGUUACAUGCAAAUGCUCAUUUGUGCCUAUGAAAGGGUGGCAGGCCGAAUUCUUUGAGAAGAUUGGGUUGAAGGAACUGGUAGACAGGGAUUAUAAACAGCUUGGAGCUGCGAAUUUGAACGUCCUCACGGCUGGUAUGCCCGUUGGGAAUGGGCUUUCGAAGAAAGCGGCAGAAGAGUUUGGAUUGGUAGAAGGGACGCCGGUGGGGAGUGGUGUCAUUGAUGCAUAUGCUGGGUGGUUGGGCACGGUUGCUGCUCGUUACAAGGAGAACGGUCAACUAUCGGAGGCAAUCAAGAAUGUAGACGAGUCCCUCGGACAUCGACUUGCUGUCAUCGCAGGCACUAGCACAUGUCACAUCGUCCAGAGUAAAGAUGGCGUGUUUGUCAACGGCGUAUGGGGACCUUAUAAGGACCCAGUAUUCCCUGGAUGGUGGAUGAAUGAAGGAGGACAGUCGUCUACUGGACAGCUCAUCGAUUUCAUGAUCAAAAGUCAUCCUGCCCAUUCAAAGCUCGUGGAACUAGGAAAAGAACAAGAGAAGAACAUCCAUACAGUCCUUUACGAUAUGUUGCAAGAUCUGAAGAAGGAAGCCAACGCCGAAAGCUUGACGGAGCUUACCAAACAUAUGCAUUUCUAUCCAGACUUGCACGGAAACCGAUCUCCCCUCGCCGACCCCAGAAUGAGAGGUUCUUUCGUCGGUCUUGCAUUGGACGAUGGUAUUCACGACCUUGCUCGCAAAUACUAUCUAACGCUUGAAGCUAUUGCUCUUCAGACGCGUCACAUCGUCGACGAGAUGAACCUGAAAGGCCACAGUAUCGAGUCGAUCUACAUGAGCGGUGGUCAGGCGAAGAAUAUACUGAUGAUGCAGCUUUUCGCAGAAACGUGCAGCAUGCCAAUUGUGUUACCCUUUGACCAUGCGGGUGCGGUAGUUCUGGGAGCAGCUAUGCUCGGGAGGUUCGCUGCGGAGACGCAAGGGAAAAAGAUGAAUGAGAAGGAGCAGAAUCAUUUGCUUUGGAACAUAAUGGUCGAGAUGACCCCCCCUGGCACGAUCAUUAGACCUGCAGCUUCGAAACGCGAGAAGAAGCUGCUCGAGGCCAAGUACAAAAUCUUCAGAGAGCAGAUUGAAAUUCAAUACCGGUGGAGGAAGGAGAUUGAGGAAGCAUCGAAGGAUUAA